CUAACCUCCUCUUGGUUAUCACCCACGUAAACAACCUUUGACUUUCUCUCUCCAACAACGGUAUUAACUUCCAUUUCUCCCAAACAAACCAUCAUCAUCUCCCUCAAAAUGUCCGUACCAUCCCCGGCCGACACCACCUCCCGCCCCGUCGGCGGCACCGAAUACAGCUGGUGCAAAGCCGUUCCGGGCGGCACCGGCGUCAGCAUCUUAGCCUUCUUAUUCUCCAAACAACCCGACAUCUCCCACCUCCAAUCCUGCAUCCACAAGCUCCAAAACUCCCACCCAAUUCUCCGGUCCAAACUCCGGUUCGAUCCCGCCACCAGCGGCUACUCCUUCGUCACCCCUGUCGACUCCUCUCCCCCGCAAAUCCAACCCUCUGAUCACACCCAAUCUUUUGAGUUAACCAUUGAACAUGAGAUGAAUACAAACCCCUGGGCCAAUACGAACAAACAGGUGAAUGAAACGAAUGUCAUGUUUGUGAAUGUUUAUAAUUUGCCGGAGCAGCAAUGGGCGGUUGUUCUGAGGCUGCAUACGGCGGCUUGUGAUCGGGCUGCUGCCGCUUUUUUGUUUAGGGAGUUGUUGGGGUUGCUUGGUGGUGGGGGUGAUAAGGAGAUUGUGAAAGAAGAUGGGGUUGGGUUAGCGAUUGAGGAUUGUGUACCCGCGGGUAAAGCUAGUAAACCGUUUUGGGCUCGUGGGGCGGAUAUGAUUGGGUAUUCGGUUAAUUCGUUUAGGUUUUCGAAUUUGGAGUUUAAGGAAAAUGGGGUCCCUAAUUCGACUCAGUUGGUGAGGAUGAAGAUCGGUGUUGAGGAUACCGAAAAGAUUCUCUCGGCCUGCAAAGCAAAAGAUAUCAAACUAUUUGUGCUCUUAGCAGCCGCUGGCAUUGUUGCUGCUCGUGCUUCUAAAAACCUUCCCAAUGAUAAAACUGAAAAAUAUUCGCUUACGACUCUCAUGGACUGUCGUUCGCUUCUUGAGCCAGUUCUUAGUGAUCAUCAUAUUGGAUUUUACCAUUCUGCUCUCCUAAACAACCAUGAUGUAAAAGGAGGUGAAGAUCUAUGGGAACUAGCCCAAAAAAUCUAUGCAUCCUUAACUACCGCGAAAGACAGCAAUAAACAUUUUACUGACAUGGCCGACUUAAACUUAUUAAUGUGCAAAGUCGUCGACAACCCUGGAUUAACCCCCUCUUCUUCAUUGAGAACUUCACUCAUUUCUCUAUUUGAUGAAACCUUAGUCGAGAAUACGAAUCAGUGUCAUAAAGAUAUUGGUUUAUUGGACUAUGUUGGUUGUGCUUCGGUCCAUGGUGCGAGUCCUUCACUUGCGAUCUUUGAUACUAUACGCGAUGGUGAGCUAGAUUGUGCUUGUGUGUAUCCAUCCCCAACACAUUCAAGGGAACAAAUGCAAGCUUUUGUGGAUCAUAUGAAGCAAAUUCUUAUUGCUUCUAGUGUACCUAAAUGAAAAUUGUUGUAAUUCUAACCUAAUGUUUUGUUUGUCAUACAUGUGGUCUUUGAUUUUUUUAUUUUAAAGUGACACGCUAUUGAAUAACUUUGUUCUUGAUUCAUACGUGUACACAAACUUUGUUGUUGUCAUAUUAUAAUCAUGUAAUGUAAUGUAAUUUCACUUUGUAAAUGAUUUAAGUUUUUGAC